AUGGCCUCGUUAUCCAAUAUCCCGCCUGACUCGCCCUUCACCUUGGACAACAUCCCAUUCGGAUCAUUCUCGACCAAAGAAGACCCAACUCCUCGGUGUGCAACGGCCAUUGGCGACUUUGCGUUGGACCUUCGCGCGCUGGGUAAAACGGGCGUCUUCAAAGACGCCUCGGUGGCUGAUGCCCUUGGACAGACCACCCUGAACACAUUUGCGGCACUCCCAGCUAAGACUCGGACUGCUGCGCGCGAGGAAAUCAUCUCUGCCUACAAAGAUGGCAAGAUUCCUCACUCCUGCCUGCACAAGCUGGCAGAGGUGAAAAUGCACCUUCCUGUCGCCAUCCCGGAGUACACGGACUUUUUCUGUUCGCUGGAGCAUUGCACCAACUGCAUGCCUAUCACCAACAGCAAAGUUCCAGACAACUUUUUCCACGCACCCUCGGCCUAUAAUGGCCGAGCGUCCAGUGUGAUUCCAUCACCAUCUCUGGUUCGUCGACCGAGGGGCGUGUACUGGAAAGCAGGAACCAAGGAGCCCACUUACGGGGUGUCCCAAUUCAUCGAUUUUGAACUUGAAAUGGGGUACAUCGUGUCCAAACCAGUGCCCUACGGCGAGACGAUCAAAGUAGACAACGCACCAGACCACAUCUUUGGCUUCGUGCUGUUGAAUGACUGGUCGAGCCGGGAUAUUCAGAUCUUCGAGAUGCCGCCCCUGGGGCCGUUCAAUUCGAAGUCUUUUGGCACCACCAUCUCUCCCUGGGUCAUCACCCUCGAAGCGUUGAAGGCGUUCCAGUGUGCGCCGAAGCACGAGACCAACCCGCUGGAGCACCUGCGAUUCAAGGAUUUCGAGCACGGCACCUUCAACAUCAAACUCUCGGCCGCUCUCGAGCGAGACGGGAAACGACAGCAAAUCUGCACGAGCAACCUGCGGUACCUGUACUGGACCCCCUACCAGCAGAUCACCCACCACGCGUCCGCCAACUGCGGGCUGCGCACGGGCGAUUUGAUGGGCACGGGCACGGUCUCGGGCGACGGCAAGGACGAGAAGACGGGUAAGAAGUUCGAGUUGGGGUGUCUCUUUGAGGCGACGCAGCAUGCCAGCCAGCCGAUCGCCCUGGAGGGAGGUGGCACGCUGGGGUAUCUGGAGGAUGGCGAUUCGAUCAUCCUCUCAGCCUGGUGUGAAGACUCGACGGGGCGGCGAGUGCUCGGGUUUGGAUGGAGACAACUACCACUCCGAUGCCUCGGAGGACGCAGUUCUCCAGCUGCGAUGCUUGUCGCCAUUCUCGACUGGCCUGUGACGCCGCUCGGAUGGGCUAUGAUUCGGGGAAGCCUGGUUGGUCGGGGUCGUGCUCGAGAUGCAGACGUCGGAACCGACCAUUGGAUGAAUAACAUCAAGAAAAGCGGCGGUCCUCGAUCACAGCGGAAGGGUCGAACCCCUUCCGUGACGGCAGUGCCCUCAGAGCCCUCGGAACGGACGUCAAUGUCUCCCGAACGGGGACAGCGCGUCACGGACAAUGAUCUGUUGUUUGAUCCUUCCGAGCCCGCCCUGAGGGAUACCACUGAUCAUGCUCGGUUUAGUGCAGAAGUAUCGCAGACAAGGUCUCAAAGUCCUCACACCGAGCCGACUGCCUUGGCUGCAGCAUCUGCUUCUGACGACCCCAACUGUAGCAUCAUCUCCCCACCGAGCGGAUACUUCGCCGAACUGGACGAGGCCAUCUUUGGUGACUGGGAGGCACGAAAUUCGCUCUCAAAUGCUCAGUCGCCGAGUAACUUGCUGCAAAGGUGGGACCAGAUUGAUGAAUCCCUUCGACAUGCCAAACGGUCUUUUGCGGCACGGUGGUUCCACCUCCUUCCGCCGACCGAACGAGCAGGUGUGUUACCGGAACACGUUGUCAGAGAAUUUUGGCGCACGUCACGCAGGGACAUGCUGAAGGUGGUCAACCGCGUGUCAUAUCGUUCUGCGCUAACCCUCUUUCUCUUCUCCUUGACACCGGUCCCUGUGGGGAUAUCAGAAGACGAGGAAAUGGACGGUCUAUCAGGCCAACUCUGUGUCCAGGCCGCAUUGCAACAGAUCCAACGACUUCGAGACGGGCAACGCAACUGCCAGUUCAGUGGAUCCAUGGUCAUGCCCGCGUCUGACCCAUUGACAUGUCCCGCAAUGAGGUCAACAGUGUCGGCCAGUUUCUUGCGGUCCGAAGCCCGGGCAUACUGGGCGGCGUUGACGUUUGACACAUCUUUCUCGCUCACACUGAACUUGAGAUCAACCCUCACGUCGGGACUACAUGGCGUGACGACUGAAUCGUGUUGGCGGACUCUGCGAAUGGGUGCCUCAUCCUUCCACACGAGGACCGAAGAAUGGCGCAGAAAUCCCUUGUCCAUGACAGAGGAUCAAGUCUUACAAGUCAUCGCCGCCGCGGCCGCAACAAAGCUGUAUGUGUGGAAAAUGAUUUCUGUCUUGAAAGAAGCACUCAGAGAAGGAUCCGAGGAGACGGAGGUGCGUCGCGCCUGGUCAUCGUUCAUUAUCGGCACCGAUAUGUUUCGAUCCACAUUCCGACCACUUCUCAGCGAUUGUGAACGACGCCUCCCGUUCCUCGGCCAAGUGGAGAGGCUGAACUGGUACGAACUUCAGCUGCACUAUUACAUGGGCAUUCUGAUCAUUGUCGAUGCGCUCGAAGUCGCGGACCGGAAUGAUCUGUUGUCCGAACUGACAGACGCAAAGCUGGAGGCCGAACAUGAGGUCUUCAACGCGUUGGAAUUCGGGCUAGACAGCCAAUAUACUGUUGCUAGAACACACCAAACGGAAUCCCCCACAGGAACGCAAGCCCCAGACCCGGCUCACACAAUCACUGCAUCGUUUAUCUCUCUCGACCCUUAUCCGCUCCAUGUCGUUGCCGCCGCCCAGCUGAUGGGGAAAGUCGUCGGCAAACAGUACCGGCAGGGUCUUAUCAAGUUGGAGGCGUACAAAUAUUUGAAUGCGACUUUGCUCAGGUGCCUUGCGGAGUUACCUCAGACGUCCAAGUCCGUUCACGCUGCUCGGCAAAAUAUGGAGCAUUCCCUCAUAGAGCUGGAGGAUGACUCCCGCCGGGACUCAGCGCCCGGAAGUACAGGCUGGCGCUCUGAGAGUUGGACAUGA